AUGUCAGGUUAUUCAGCCGAAAUACUCAAUGAUCAAAGUAAACAUCAUUGGAGCAUUAAAAUGUUCGAUCGCGAGAAUGGUUUAGCAGAUCGAAAUGCACAUUUUGGUACACAUAAAGCACGUUUAGCAGAGUUCAAACAACAGAAUCCAGGAGUGAUUGAAUUUGGAGGACCAAUGAUCUCUCCUGAUAAUCAUCAACCAAUCGGAUCCUGCUUUGUGUUCAAGAGAGGUGAACUGUUCCCCAAUGUUGAUGCAGUCAAUAAAUGGAUAGAGAAUGACGAGUAUCAUAAGCAAAAAGUCUGGGAAAGAAGGGAUAUCUCCCUCUUUAUUGCAGCAACAGAUCCAUGGACGUCGCAGAAAUAA